GUCACGAUGGCCGCAUCCGGGCAGGAGGAUCGGUCGGAGCUGUCCCCUGCUGCUGCCCCAAAUUUGGAUUGGACUGAGAAACCGGAAGAAACUCGUGCACCCGGGGUAGAUCUUGAGACCGUCAUCCCGCCAGUCCAGGAACCUUCCAAUUCUGUGGAGCCCUUUUGCCCAAGAGACCUGGUACCGGUGGUGUUUCCUGGACCCGUGAGCCAGGAAGGCUGCUGCCAGUUCACUUGUGAACUUCUAAAGCAUAUCAUGUACCAACGCCAACAGCUCCCUUUGCCCUAUGAACAGCUGAAGCACUUCUACCAGAAAUCUUCUCCCCAGGCAGAGGACACAGCAAGGAAGAAACCUCGGCUCACCACUGAGGCGAGUAACAGGAAGUGUCAGCAGGCUCUGGCGGAACUGGAGAGUGUCCUCAGUCACCUACGAGACUUCUUUGCCCGAACACUAGUGCCACAAGUGUUGAUCCUUCUUGGAGGCAAUGCCCUCAGCCCCAAAGAAUUCUAUGAACUCGACCUGUCCAGGCUGGCCCCGUUCAGUGUGGACCAGGGCCUGAACACAGCAGCGUGCUUGCGUCAUCUCUUCAGAGCCAUCUUCUUGGCGGAUGCAUUUAGUGAGCUGCAGGCUCCCCCACUCAUGGGUACCAUUGUCAUGGUACAGGGCCACCGUGACUGUGGAGAAGAUUGGUUUCGACCCAAAUUAAACUACCGGGUGCCCAGCCGGGGUCACAAACUCACCGUGACACUGUCCUGUGGUAGACCUUCCGUCCCAGCCAUGGCUUCCGAGGAUUACAUUUGGUUCCAGGCACCAGUGACACUUAAAGGUUUCCAUGAGUGAAUGUAUAAGGACAUUGGCUGAAUCCUCUCCCCAUCUCGUGCCAAGGCACUGAUCUCUCCGCUGAGGGAGGAAAGCUCUUUCCUGGCUGUGUGCCUCUCCCCAGAUUUCCUGGUGUGUGGUUCUGACUGUGAGAAUCGUCAUCAAGCAAAGCCCUCGAAUUGAUGAUUGACUCCCAGAAGCCCCUGUGCCAGGUGGUUCUGUUUGGGAGUAGAAAGCAAGGCUGUGUGGGUAGAUCCUCUAAUGGACGUGGUCUUUCUCCGCUUUAUGCUGUGCGUUUUCAGAACUGGUGCCAGAAUCAUAAUAUGGAUGUGACUCAUGAAUUUGAAUGAUGAGAUGAAUAGAUCAGUAUUAAAAUUUUUUAACGCUUUUGAUUUAGACUUUUGGCCUUGAGGCUCAAA